UUCGUGACAAGUCACUCAUCUCUCAAAACAAAGUGCGCCGUUAUCGUGUUUUUAAUUUUUGUGCAAUAAUUUGUUCUCGUACUGUGUCGGCCUAAAAUGUUAGAAUUCCUAAAAAUAAACGAUAAGCAUUAUGUGGUGGAAGUGCGGAAAGUUGCGGGAGAGCAAACCACAGUGGAAGAACACGAAAGGAAGCUUGUUCUGCAGUGCAAUCUGUUCGAUUUGAAUCAGCUCUGGUGCGAAACGAUUACCGUGGAAGACCUGAUCGAACGUGAAAAGACCAAUGAUUGCAUCAUACAGUACACUGCGGCGGUCGUUACCGAAACGCUUCUCGCCCGCAAAGCUGACGAUUUUAGCAUUAGUCAAGGAUGCGAAGACUCCAUCGGCGGGGACCUAUCGCUCCGGUUGAAGUACUACGUGCAAGGCAUUCCGGUGACGUUUACAUUGCGGCUUAAAGUGGCCACCAGCGAUGAGCUUGCAGAAAACAUAAUUUUGCCCACAUGGCGAACGAUUCUUAUGCUGUAUGAGGAAAACUGUGCCUUGAAGGACAUAAUUCUCAAAAAGGAUAUCGAAAUCGAACAAUACAAGGUCGAGGGAGCAGUCCUCAAAAGAAAUCUAGUAGCGACAGACAAAUUCGACGAACGCAAGUUCUCCGAAACAUUUCCACUGUCGACUUCGUCGGAGGGCCUAAAAAUGCGAGAUCUAAUAAAAACCAGAGAACGUCGGCUCAAUCUGAUGAAGCAUUUGAAAAUAAAAUCCAAAGAUCCUACCGAACCCGGAGGCAGUCCUAUCAAAAACUCGCCCAAGCUGAGCAAGACCAUACUGACACCGACCCGGAAAAGUCCCGGAGGCCGUGCCAAAGGGUUGGAAGCGAUAUUCGCUAAACAAAGAUUGCCGAAAUCAAUUUCGGCGUCAUCGAUGUCUCUGAAAAGGCUUCAGGCUAGUCAAUACGAUGAGGAAGAUGAUGACGAUAAGGCAGAGGUACUGAGCACUAGUCAAUCCACCAUAAACAGAAAUGAUUUGAACAAUACUUCAGGAUUGGUAAAAAUAAGGAAAAUUACAAAAUUAUAGAAGACUGUUUAUGUAUUUUACAGUUUGUAUGUUUGAUUUAGCAUUUUGUAUCCAAUUAAUAUAUUGGCAAUAGCCGUUGUAAAUUUUA